GGUCCAGUCUUUCAGCCAAGCCCUGUCAAUCGUCUCUAGUCCGCGUACCGUUGAUGCUGCCACUUGUUUUGUUCUCGGAGCUGUGAUGCGAUGGUCAUCGCCGAAAGAUCAAACGAUACUUUCCAAAUCAGAGAAGUAACGCCUUAUCCAUGAACGCAGUACAAAAACGAGGGAUGCAUGAAAUGCGAAAAUCUGAAGCAGUUCAUCAGCAUCAUCAUAGACAUGUAGAUGGGAAGAAAGAGAUGUUUGGAAUGCACAAAUUCAAUGAUAAGUCAUCAUCUGGUGACAUCGGCUCAUCGUCCUCUGUGAAAUCAAAUCGUGAUCACAGAUCAACAAAGUCAGUUACUUCUCAGAUUCCUGGUGCAAUAAGAAUUUGUGGAGAUUGGUCAGAACAUUUAAGUUCUAAUGGGAAGGUUUAUUUUUUCAAUAAUAAAACUAAAUCAUCACAAUGGGAAAGACCUAAGGAAUGGAGUAGCAGUCGAGCGAUCGAAGUUAAAAAGGACAAGUCUAAAUCUUCUGGACUCCAUAAUAAAGUGAGCAAUAAACAUUCCACUGAUGGAUCCGGCUCAUCAAGCUGUGGUAAUGCACAUCAUGCUGCUCUAAAGCAACACAAAAGUUUUUCUGAUGCAAAAAAGCUCCAAAUGCAGCAAAGAAGUAGAACUAAUCAUGAAAGCGAGGGAAGUAAAGAUCGUGAUUAUCGUACAACAAAUUCUAGUACGGCAAAAGAUCGGGACUAUCGAGACAUUGAUUAUAGAGAUACACGAUUAUCAAAUAACAUUGAAUCACGAUCUCAAGAUAGAGACUACCGAUCAUCAGUACAUCAUAAUAGCAAGCCAAACUUGCAAAGACAAUCUAGUAGUCAAAAUAUGCGUUCUUCUAGUCAAUCUAUUAAGGAAUUUAAUGGUAAAAACAUUUCUAUGCCUAACGAUGUGCAUUUAUCACGCUCUGAAUCUCGAACUGAUCAUAAGGAUUCUUAUAAUAUCGAUGGGAGGGACGAUCGACCAAGAAGCAGCAACAGUACGCCAAGAUCGGCUACUGACAUUGCAAGAAGGGAUACAUUGGAUAAUAAAAUCCAAGCAUUGAUGGAAACCAGUGAGACAGAAGCACCAACAGCAAAUGGUAGUAAUGAUGCUACAGCACCUUCCUCUUUAGUCAAAACAUUAUCAACUGUUUUAAAUCAAGCUGGAACUUCAGCAUCAGAAGAAAAUAAAGAAACCUCAAUAGAAGGACAUUUAAAGAAUGCUCUUCAGAUGCUGUUAUCUGUGGCUGCCCAAAACCAACAAAUUUCAGGUACAACAACUGAAGAGGUACAACCAGUUGAAACUGAAGUCACGAAAGAGGAAGAACCUCCUCCAAAGCGUGUUCGACCUUCUAAUCCAGUAGAUGAUCACAUAAGUAAUUCAACUUUGGUUUCACAAAGCACAGAAAAAGUUUUAAAUGAUCUCAGAGGAUUACUGGAUGAGCGUCAUGUAUUGCAUGUACAAGGUUGGCCUGCAGAUCAGUUGGAGAGACAGUCCACCAGGUUAUGUGAUGAAAAUCAUCAGUUUGUCGUUUCUCACACAUCCCAACUAAGUGCUUCUAUGAAAAUGGCGCGAUCACAAGUCCGAUCUGCUGAAAUUCACUCUACUCUUCAUGAACAAAGGGUGUUGUAUAUUCGUCAGCAAAUAAAAGAUUUGGAGAAGUCAACAACAGUUGCUCCAUUUACAUGAUAUUGGAAAUCUCAGCGAAUGUAUGAAAUAUUCACAAUGUCAGUUUGCUGUGGCAGGAAUAUAAUUUUGAUUAUGAAUGAAUCCAUUGGUGUUGCUAUAGAGCUACGACAAAGGAAGGAAAUUAGUCCUGAUGGCCCAUUGUUGCACUUCUGUUAUCAAGAAGAUUUGUAUGCAAUGUGUAAAACAGAAAGAAAAUUGUGUGUCAGCUGGUCCCCUUGCCAAAGGUUUCCUUUUCCUGAUAUAAUUUGAAAGAUGAAGUAAUAUAUCAAUCGUAAUAUUCUGAUCUUCGACGGGUAUUGAUAUAGAAGAAACAAUGAAUAUAACCAUACUUUCCAUAGUAGAUUUUAUCCCACACUUGUCAGAAUCCAAUACUUUACAAUCAAUUUUAUGCUACGAUUCAGUUGUGCCAGUCUUUUUGAAUUUGCAAACGAUAUGAAAAUUCCAAUGUUCUGAAGGUUGUUUAUCGGGGUUCAGCUGUUUUUUUUUCAAUGCAUAUCCUGGAUUGUUCAUACUUGUGUGUAAUGGUGUUAAGAAUUUAUUGGUCAAAACAUGUGAUUACUGGUAACAAUUAUUGAUUUACAUAGAAUUAUCGUUGACCGUCGAUGUUCUCCAAUCUUAAUAUCUACCAUGAAAUUUAGUCUAGCUUUUCUGACUGAUUUGAGUGGCUAACAUGUUGGAAUUUUGCUGAUUGUUCCGUGAUUGUUUAUCAUACAUAUCUUUGUUUGAUGUUUACUUACUAGUUUUUGUGUCGAAACAAUGUUUUUUCAAUACUCAAUAUUAGUAUAAAAGUUUUUUUGUUCCCAAUUACUGUGAUAUUGGUAGUUGAUCUGCCUUGGGGGAACUUGCCUUGUUGGCUUUAUCAUUUUUUUGUGCUUUGUGGGAGAAAGUAUUGUUUUCGUAUAAUAUUAAUUUUUUAUAUUCAAAACAUUGUUUGGAGACUUUUCUAGUGGUCUCUAACACUUUGCCAAAUUAGACCAUUUCUAAACACGACUGUUAGGUUUGAAUUAUUUAAAGUUCUUUGAUGUUCAAUAGAUGUUAAUCAAUUACAAUACCAUAUUGUUAUAAAAUAAUGUGAUGCUUUUUUUAUUAUUUAUAAUAUGACCUUAUUACUAGGGAUGUAUUUGUAUUUCUUUGGAAUAUCCAAGUGUAUUUAAAGAUUGUGUAUUGUACGAACUUUCACUUCAGAAGUAAUAGCUAUGAUUGAAGUCCUAUAUCAAAUCACUGAGGGUAAUUUUUGUUUGUUCAAACAAAAAUGUAUCGGAAUAGGUUUGUUAAGGUUCAUCUUUUACUUGCUGCUAUAUAUUUACUUCAUCAUACUUGUUUUAAGUUUGUGUGCUUUUUCCCAGAUCGAGAACCAUUUAUAAACUUAACAGAACAUUCACCAAGCGUCGGUGCCAUGCUAUAUCUAUCUUAUUCAAUGGGUAGGCAUUUCCCACUGGGGUCUAAUAUUAACUAUUUUUCUGAUGCUCCAUUUUUCUUUGUUUGUAAUUUUUUUAUUGAAUUAAAAGAUACCACAUUUA